CACACCAAUGAGAACUAUUCCUCUUGGAGAACAGCUCGGAGAAAACUGACUCAGACUCCACCGGCCAAGAAGUCAGGUUGCCCUUGGAGUUAAUUACAAGUGCGAGCGGUGGCCAGUUUCUUUUUCUUCGGUCUUACCUACUUCAGUUCCCACUACUCUUACCCGAGAGUUGCUCGUAUUUUCCUCCGUACUCUUCUUUUCUUGUAAUUGUUUACUUUAUUAACCAACGUGUUUCUACCGCCAUUGUGCUUUUGUCUCUUUUGGCUUGUGUUCUGACAGUAGCGAGAGGAAAAGGGAAAAAAGCGAAAUCAAGGUCAACCGCGGUCCACUUCCGCCCUAUAUCACUACUAACAUGUCGACCGACGUCAGACUCCAUGGCGAUCCUCAUACAGGCGCGAUAGAACAAGACAGCUCCAGAGUUUCUACCACCCAAGGUGCUCUCCCGGAUGUGGCAGUCCUCGGAUUGUCCGAAAAGCCAUCGACUGAUGCCCCAAAUGCACCUCUCAGCUCCGUUGAUGAUGCCGGGCAUCGGAUUCCGCUAGCGUCACAACCCGGCUAUGAUCCUUCACCGGAAGGGCAAAUGACUCUCGAGCAUGGUCAUGACAGGCCGUCCCUCGAAUCCCAGACCGACCACUCAGCGCACAGUGCCCCGAUGAGCCGUGUAACCACUGACGCUGAUGGGAAUACUUACCCCGAAGGCGGGCUAGAGGCCUGGCUAGUAGUGUUUGGUAGCUGGGCGGGCCUUUUCGCCGCGCUGGGUCUAGUCAAUACUAUAGGAACUUUUCAGGCUUACCUCGACAACCACCAGCUUAAAGAUUAUAGCUCAGGAAGCACUGGCUGGAUCUUUGGAAUGUAUGCCUUCCUCACCUUUUUCUGCGGUGUCCAGAUUGGCCCGAUCUUCGACGCCAAAGGCCCGCGGUUUCUUGUCUUUGCAGGAUCAGUAUUAGUCGUUGUGCAGAUGGCUACUCUGGGGCUUUGCACCCAAUACUGGCACUUCAUGCUUGUGAUUGGUGUCACCGGAGGCCUGGGGGCCUCGCUAAUUUUUACGCCAGCCAUAUCUGCGAUUGGUCAUUUCUUCAACGAGAAGCGUGGCGUUGCGACAGGCAUUGCUGCAACAGGCGGUUCUGUUGGAGGUGUUACGUUUCCCCUCAUUCUCGAAAAGCUGUUCCCAAUGAUUGGAUUUGCCUGGGCCACUCGUGUGGUCGGUCUAAUCUGUCUGAUUCUAGUGAUCCUUUCCUGCCUGCUGGUCAAGUCCCGAUUACCCAAGAAGCCAGCGUCCAAAGAGAAUGUACUCCCCGACUUCCGCAUCUUUCGGGAGCCCAAGUUUGCUCUCACAACAGCUGGAAUAUUCUUCGUCGAAUGGGGUCUCUUCGUUCCGAUUAGUUAUAUUUCCUCAUACGCCUUGGCUCACGGUGUGUCCAGCCAAUUUUCGUACCAGUUACUGGCGAUUCUUAACGCAGGGUCGUUCUUCGGAAGAUGGAUCCCUGGUUUUGUCGCCGAUUCCCUGGGGCGCUAUAACACCCUAAUUGCCACUGUCGCUUUAUGCCUUGUCUGCAAUGCAUGCCUCUGGCUCCCUGCUGGCGAUAGCGUGCCAGUUAUGGUUGUCUACAGCGUUAUCUUUGGUUUUGCGAGUGGCAGUAACAUCAGCCUCACCCCAGUUUGUAUUUCUCAGCUUUGUAAAAUCGAGAACUAUGGGCGAUACUAUGCUACAUCAUACACGAUUGUGAGCUUUGGCACUCUUACUGGUAUCCCGAUUGCGGGUGAGAUCCUAUCGCGUUGUAACGGAGAAUACUGGGGACUCAUUGUCUUCACGACCUGUUGUUAUGCAGUCGGCCUUGCCUGUGUUACUGCUGUGAAAAUAAUCCACGUUGGCUGGCGUCAGCCCUGGGCACUUUACUGAAGCCGGUACCAACUUGGAGAAGCUCUCUCGUGGCUCAGUUACACCUGGGUUGCGGAAUGAAGAACCUAAUUUUGAAAAAGGCGAAGCGAAAAGAAUUGGCCAAAGGAGUGGACUCUCGUUUGAUUCAAGAAUGACGUUACUACAUAAUGAUACGACCUUAAAGGCAAUGACACGCAAAACACAUAGAUCUUAGCAAGCAAAGUUAGCGGGAAAGGUUAAUGUCUAGCAAUCAUCAAUUACAUUUGUUCAUGGAAAUAACAAGAAGUGUCUUGGACGUGAAGUCCCGGGACGUCCAGCUGUGGAGGAUGGUCAUAACGAC